GAAGGAUGUAAGCCGGAAAUGCCGGUGUUGUUGCUGUCCGCCGAGCGGAAACAACGUGUUGUCGCCUCGUGUUUCACAGGUGCUACACGCGAGACUCGUCCGCUGUUUGUACCUGUGUGUAGUUCCGGAGCAGCAGCAGCAGCAGCAGCAUGUCGUCACCACGGGCAGAUGGAGCAGCAGAACCGGACCACGAGUCGGUGGCACCUGCUUCCUCCUCCACUGAGGCGGAUGCCAGCGGCGGGGACGUCGUCAUCACGGUCACCGUUGGAGCCACCGUGCCCACGGGGUUCGAGCACACCGCCGCAGAGGAGAUCGAGGAGAAGAUCGGGGUUGAGGCGAAGAUAAGCAAAGACCGCGGUCGUAUAUAUUUCCCUAUAACCAGUGACAAGCUUUUCCAGGUUCAUCAUCUGAAGUCUGUGGACAACCUGUUUGUUGUUGUCGAAGAAUAUGAUCACUACCAGUUCAAGGAAUCAAAGGAAGAGUCAUUGGUGGAUUUGCAGCAGCUUGCCUCCAAACUCCCGUGGACUGAUGCCCUCGAGGUCUGGAAACUAAAUCGAGCCUUGAAAAAGAAGAAAGGCCACCGCAAGGGAGGGAGCGGCGGCAAAGCAAAACCCAGCAGCGAGGUCAGUGAUGCAACCGCGGCUGACACUGAGCAGCAAGAGCUCCCUCAGGCAGAAGUGUCAGCUGCUGAAGGUCAGACAAAGACGGAGGGCUCGACUGACGCCGAGGCCUACACACAGGACUCAGAGGAGGCAGCACCCGGGGCCAAAGUCACCAAAUUCCGUGUGACGUGCAACAGGGCCGGUGACAAACACAGCUUUUCCUCCAACGAGGCAGCCAGAGACUUUGGUGGGGCUGUACAGGAAUUCUUCCAGUGGAAAGCAGACAUGACAAAGUUUGACGUAGAGGUUUUACUGAACAUACACAACACAGAGGUGGUGAUUGGCAUCGCACUCACUGAAGAGAGUCUUCACAGGAGAAACAUCAGUCACUUUGGACCCACCACACUGCGCUCGACCUUGUGCUAUGGCAUGCUCAGGCUGUGUAAACCUCAGGCAUCUGAUGUUAUACUUGAUCCAAUGUGUGGGACUGGAGCGAUACCACUGGAGGGGGCCAUCGAAUUUAACAGUUCCUUCUACAUUGCUGGUGACAAUAAUGACAUGGCAGUUAACCGCACAGUCAACAACGUGUGUCACAUCCAGAGAAGGAGGGGAGACAAGGGCAGUGUGUCUGGAUUACCCAUCGACACAGUGCAGUGGGAUUUGUGCAAUUUACCCAUAAGGACCAGCUCUGUUGACAUCAUCAUCACCGACAUGCCCUUUGGGAAGAGAAUGGGUUCGAGGAAGAAGAACUGGGACCUUUACCCCUCCUGUUUGAGAGAAAUGGCCCGUGUGUGCCGACCAGGCUCAGGAAAAGCUGUGCUAUUGACACAGGACAAGAAAUGCUUUUCCAAGGCUGUAUCGCGGAUGGGAGGACUGUGGAAGAAGCUGCACACUGUUUGGGUCAAUGUCGGGGGUUUACAUGCCGGAGUCUACCUCCUCAAGCGGACCGGGGCCGUGUUUGGCCAAACUCCUGAGGAUAUCUACGAACCAAGAGGAGCAGUUAACUCACAGGCGGAUGAGAAGGAUGACAAGGAGCUCUCCUAAAUCACCUCCUCCAUCUACAUUCUGAAUUUUCAUUUGAGCCUAUGUAGGAUUGACAUUAUUUAUUUUAUAUUGACUUAACUUUCUUCCUAAUUCAGGUUCUCUGCUCAUCGGUGCCAAGCAAGUUAAGUGUUUACUUUUCGUGUUCCACAUUUGGUGUAAUGUGAUCAAUGGGAAAACAAUGUCUAAUGUUUUCAUGUUCAGCAGCAGUUUAAUGGUUCUCUCUCUGUGCGACCGAACGUAGUUCAUUUUUCACAGUGCUUUUCAAUCACCGCCAAAGUUUUCUCUGCAGCCCUCGGAUCUGCUGUUUCAACUUUCCAGGAACUGCACAUUUGUUCUGAUGAAUAAAAGGCUCCAACUAAACGUCAGUUAAUGCAAAUAUUCAUCAAUUCGCCAAGCUUUAUUUGGCAGUGACACAUUUACGACACAUAGGCUUUAACCACGCAGUGGGAAAGGAUGCUAUGCUUGAAAAAUGUUGUCAUGUGUUUCCAGGAAUAUUUUAUAUUUGAGUUGCUGGAAAAUAAAAUAGGGGAAAUUUU